UUCGUCCCAGAACACGAGUACGGUACAGGAGUGUUCGGAGCUAUUUGAACCACAACUUUUCUAACAUCUACCCAGACGAAGCAAGCAGACCACCUGUACGGUUAGGGAAGAUUUCAACUGACCAAAAUGGGCCGUAUUCCUCUUUUCUCCGUCCUCCUGCUAUUUCUCGUUGUGAGUGUGUCGUCAAGACCAGCAGGACAACAGGACAACGAGAUCACCGACGAUGACGUCACCGCCGACUCGACUAACGACCCAGAGUUGGAGAAGGCUUUCCAAGACGCAGAGAACGACGAGGAGCUGGAAUUCAUAGAAAAGCAGCAAGAAACUGGGCUUCAAGAAGAGAAAGCGCUUGAGGAUGAGCUGGAGGAACACCCGGAAGAGGAGCCGUCCCCAGGUGCACACGAGGCUGACAUCAUGCUGCCACCCGAACUUUUAGAACCACUUGAAGACGCAGACAAAGACGAAUCCAAUGACACCGAGGGAGACGAAGAUGACGACGAUGAUGAGGAUGAAGACGACACUGAAGAAGACGAUGAUGAUGAAGAUGACACUGACGACGGGGAGGACGACGAUGAAGAUGACACAGAAGAUGAGGAGGAAGAUGAUGAUGAAAAUGACACAGAAGAUGAAGAUGAGGAAGAUGACACAGAAGAUGAGGAGGAAGAUGAUGAUGAAGAUGAAACUGAAGAUGAGGAAGAUGAUGAAAAUGCCACUGAAGAUGAGGAGGAAGAUGAAGAUGUUGCCGAUUUUGCUAGCAACAUUCCCAGGCACAGAGAGAAAAGAAUCCGAAAGAAGAGAACCCUGCACGGCGACGACGGCUCUGGAGCCAAGGCGUCCGUCCCUGCUGAAGCUGAUGAGAAGCCUACCAAGGUAGGGUCCACCCAAGAUGAACCAGAUGAGAAGGAAUCAAGCGGAGACGGGAAGGCUUCGGUGUUUGCUGCAGCCAUGCUGGCUGAAUCAAGCGGUGACUCUAGUGGCGACGGUUUCUUCAGAGCAGAAAACGUUGCCAUACAAGCUGAAUCAAGCGGUGACUCUAGUGGCGACGGUUUCAUCACUGCAGACGCCGGUGCCAUGCAGGCUGAAUCAAGCGGUGACUCUAGUGGUGACGGUUUCAUGAACGCAGAAAACGCUGCAGAAACCGGUGCCAUAGAGGCUGAUCCGGAAUCAAGCGGUGACUCUAGUGGCGACGGUUUGUUCAGUGCAGAAAACGCUGCCAUACAAGCUGAAUCAAGCGGUGACUCUAGUGGCGACGGUUUCUUCAGUGCAGAAAACACUGCCAUACAAGCUGAAUCAAGCGGUGACUCUAGUGGCGACGGUUUCAUGACUGUAGAAACCGGCGCCAUACAGGCUGAAUCAAGCGGUGACUCUAGUGGCGACGGUUUCUUCAGUGCAGAAAACGCUGCCAUACAAGCUGAAUCAAGCGGUGACUCUAGUGGUGACGGUUUCAUCACUGCAGAAACCGGUGCCAUACAGGCUGAUCCGGAAUCAAGUGGCGACUCUAGUGGCGACGGUUUCUUCAGUGCAGAAAACGCUGCCAUACAAGCUGAGUCAAGCGGUGACUCCGGUGGCGACGGUUUCUUCACUGCAGACACCGGCGCCAUGCAGGCUGAAUCAAGCGGUGACUCUAGUGGCGACGGUUUCUUCAGUGCAGAAAACGCUGCCAUAGAGGCUGAUCCGGAAUCAAGCGGUGACUCUAGUGGUGACGGUUUCAUCACUGCAGACGCCGGUGCCAUGCAGGCUGAGUCAAGCGGUGACUCUAGUGGUGACGCAACAUUCCCAGGCACAGAGGAGAAAAGAAUCCGAAAGAAGAGAACCCUGCACGGCGACGACGGCUCUGGAGCCAAGGCGUCCGUCCCUACUGAAGCUGAUGAGAAGCCUACCAAGGUAGGGUCAACCCAAGAUGAACCAGAUGAGAAGGAAGCAAGUGGAGACGGGAAGACUUCGGUGUUUGCUGCAGCCAUGCAGGCUGAAUCAAGCGGUGACUCUAGUGGCGACGGUUUCUUCAGUGCAGAAAACGCUGCCAUACAAGCUGAAUCAAGCGGUGACUCUAGUGGCGACGGUUUCAUGACUGUAGAAACCGGCGCCAUACAGGCUGAGUCAAGCGGUGACUCUAGUGGUGACGGUUUCUUCAGUGCAGACGCCGGUGCCAUGCAGGCUGAUCCGGAAUCAAGCGGUGACUCUAGUGGCGACGGGGAGCAGGAACCUACCAUGAAAGGAGGAGGACAUCACGACUCCUAUCCCGACACUUACACUAGCACGACCGACCACGAAAUCGAAGGACCCCGUAAGGCCAACGGCCCUGCAAAGAAAGACGGCCAUGGUCAGGAGAGCUACCACCAAAAAGAGUUACCACAGUGACAUGGCCGAAACGCUGACCCAGAAGACUACAUCACCUCAACCAAGCGCGACACCCAGGGGUGACCAUGAAGGCACCGGUUAUCAAGAGAACAACAUCCGUGACCACACGGGUCGGGAUGACAACCCAAGCUCUGACCAGGUCCAGUUGUAGAUAUCUCUUGAAGUAGUUACUAGUAAGACACUAAUGUCUUUCGUCUCUUGGAAAAUAUUGCAUAAGAUAAAACAUGUUAAGUUUGAAAGAGCACAAGUAUUCAAAAGUCCCAAUGUUGUAUUGAUGAUGUAAAGUAUUGGAAAAAUGUAAGUAAGACGCAAAGUCGUGGUGUAGUCAGGAGGUUCUUUUCUAACCUCCUGGGUAUAGAUAGUGUUGUUUUGAGAAGCUGUUCAUGACAUUUCUACUUUCCCGCGAUCUAUUCACAGAUUGUGUUAGGAUUUAUAAUAGUCUAAUGCGAUACAAUAGCGUAGAGCCAACUUUGAAAUAGUUAACGACUAGGUUGUUCAAGGAAAAAACAAUGAGGUAGAAUUCUAAGAUUGUUUUGAGACGCUUGAAGAAAAAAAAUCAGUCUGUUGCCUCGAAUUUCUGGAAUGUAAGAAUAGAUCUCUUGUUCUAAAUUUUCGUUACAACAAGGUUGCAAUCAAACUGAAAAAAAUUAGCAGAGUUUGACAGUAGGUUAUACGGCUUUCUGCUGCAAAAAUGUUUGUAUUUAGUGCCGAUUAGUUCAUUGAGGUUGCGU